AUAAAGGCUCCUGGGCACAGACAUGCUCACCCACAGAGGCCUUGGCUUCAGGGGUCUAAUGUCAGCCAGUGGCCACGGAUGAUCUGGAAGAGACCACCCGGGCAGGCUCCUCUGGUCGCGGCAUGGGGUCUGGGCGGCCCGGCGGGCGGGUCCCUCUGUUUGCAUGGACCGCAGGUUGCAAGGGGCUCUUCGGUCCCCGAGUUUGCGCCCCUGCAACGUGUCUCUCCUUGGAGACCUCCCUUCCCAGAGAGCGCGUUCCCGGGCGCUGACGCCGCGUGUCGAGGGAGUCCCUUUGGGGUCCGGCUUUAUUGCGCAAAGGACCCGCGAAGGGGAAGCGCGGCGCGUGGGGACGAGGACUUCUCCCGACUCCUCCCGGGGGCUCGUUCGCGGAAGCGAGCGCUUUCCACUUGGGCUGUGUCGCGCUGACUCGCCACCUGCGUGUGUCGCACACACCUGCAGAUGAGGAAACCUGCGUUUGUCUGCACACAGGACCCCCAGAGGAAAAUUGGCUAAUCGUGCGCCGCGGGGCUCGUACUGAGUGUGAGGCGGACACUCCUCGCCCCCACCCCCGCCCCUAGCGCUCGGGUUCUGGAAACCGGUCGGGACGGACCUGUCCGGGUGUGGCGAGCCGAACCGGCAGGCAGCCCUCCGGGCGGGGGCGCCCCUUCCCAGGCGCUGGGCGGCUACGCCCCGGGCCCGCGCCCCUUUGUGCGGCCGCGGGCGGGCACCAUGCUGUCCACCGCGGGCAGGUAUGCGGUGAAGAAGAGGAAAAAGCCGGUGCGAAGGAGUCCUAAACCACAGCCUCCAGAGGGAGCCAAGUCCAACCCUUCUAAACGGCACCGGGACCGCCUGAAUCAAGAGCUGAGCAAACUGACCAACUUGCUUCCCUUCCCCGAGGAUGUGCGGGCCCGCCUUGACAAGCUCUCCAUCCUCAGGCUGAUUGUGGGCUAUCUAAAGGUGAAGAGCUACUUCGCAGCCACCCUAAGGGACAGCACUGAAGACUGCCCAGCCGACCCACCCAUGAAUCCAGGAGGAAGUAAGCAUACCUCUCCACAGGUCAAUCUACAACUGUUUCCUGAAGGGGACUUGCUUCUUCAGGCUCUCAACGGCUUCCUCAUGGCUGUUACAGAGGAUGGCUAUGUUUUCUACGUCUCUCCCACAGUCCAGGACUACCUAGGAUUUCAUCAAUCAGAUGUCAUCUAUCAGAGUGUGUUUGAGCUGAUCCACAAGGAGGACAGAGCCAUGUUCCAGAGCCAGCUUCUCUGGCCUGCAGAUGCAGCACCUGUCAGCAGAGAGGGUGAGCAGGACAUCCACCCUCUGGCAGGAGAGAAGUUUCUCUCACUUAGUGGCUCCUCCACCGACAGCCUGCAGCAUCAGCCCUUGGAUGACCCCUCCUAUCUGGAAAGAAGUUUUGUUUGUCGCUUCCGCUGCCUGCUGGACAAUUCUUCUGGGUUUCUGGAGUUGAAUUUCCAUGGCCAUCUGAAGUUCCUCCCUGGACAGAACAAUAGGUCAGAAGAUGGUAUCCUCAUGUCUCCUCAACGCACCCUGUUUGCCAUUGCAGCACCUCGCCAGCCACUCACCAUCCUGAAGCUCCAAGAUGAAACAUUUCUUUUCCAAACAAAACACAAAUUGGAUUUCACACCCAUAGCCUGUGAUUCCAGAGGCAAGCUGGUCCUGGGCUACACCGACAGCGAACUCUGCAGGAGGGGCUCCGGCUACCAGUUCAUCCACGCGGCCGACAUGAUGCACUGCGCCGAGAACCACGUGCGGCUGAUGAGGACGGGCGAGAGCGGCCUCACGGUGUUCCGGCUGCUCACCAAGCAGGCUGGCUGGCUGUGGGUGCAGUCCAACGCCCGCCUGCUGUUCCGCGGCGGCCAGCCCGACUGCAUCGUCGCCCGACAGCGGGCCCUGACGUAA